AUGGCCGAUUUCUUUAUCAGUCAGUUAAUUCGCUCAAGACACCCCGGGGCUUUUGAGCUGACAGCAACCGGUUUCCAAUCCUUUUGUGAAAUACUUCUAAAGGCGAAGGAUUUUGAGGAUGUUAGUCAAUGGCCGGAGCAGUGGUUGAGUGUAGUACUAGCAGACCUGACCGAUUCCACGAUUCUGGAGGUAACUACGAGCACUGGAUGGCUUCCUUGGAAGUAUCUUCAGCAUGCUACUCUCUGUGCAACUAGAAGAUCUGCUGGCCUGCCAUUCUUUGUUCAGGCUCUCCUUGUGGUACUCCAUAAAACCGAUCGAAUGGGAGAUCUCCUUAAUAGAGUGGUAAAUGCUCUUCUUGUGGAAGUAAACAGGGGUGCAGAGGCUACCACAGUUCCUUCAGCCUGCAAGGAGCAGGCUGAUCUCACAGCCGCUGAGCGUCGUCUACAUUCUAUGAAUGUGCUUAAAACAUUGGUUCGUGAUGCAACCAUAGGACCUCUGAUGACUAUUCACCUUGAAUCCAUUCUAAUCUGCGCUUUCCAAGGCCUUGAUUCCAACUAUUGGAUGAUACGUAAUGCUGGACUUAUGCUAUUCAGCGCCAUGAUGGAGCGCAUCUUCGGAGUUAACCGAACUCGCGAUUGUGAAAGUAAAAAGAAUAGGAUGGCGGCAUCAGUCUUUUUCACCAAGUUUCCUGGUCUCCGAGGCUUUCUGCUAAAAGCCCUUGAAGAAUCAAUAAAUGAACUCAAGUAA